AUGGCUCCGACGACGACGACCUACACAUCAAUUCCGCUCCCUAACGGCGACGUUAUCUCCCGAUCUAUCCAUAAUCUCACUGUCGCUACCUCUAGCCACCGUCCCUGGUCGGAACUCGUCUUUUCCGGCGCCUUUAGUCUACCGGAACAAUUCUCCUCUCUUCUCCUCCGAUCUCGGACGAAUUUCCGGUACUUCUUCGUCAACUACGCGAUCGUCGUCGCCACUUUCUCCGGUUUCGCUCUCGUAACCGUUAGCCCCGUCGCGCUAAUCGUCGUCGGUGCGAUCAUCGCUUUGUGGCUUCUCUUUCACUUUUUCAGAGAAGACCCACUUAUUCUCUGGGGGUUUCAGGUCGGAAAUCGGACAGUGGUUUUGUUUCUGGUUCUAGCUUCCGUGUGGGCCAUUUGGUUCACUAGCUCCGCCGUGAAUUUGGCGGUGGGUGUUGUCGUUGGUUUGCUAUUGUGCGCCAUUCACUCCGUUCUAAGGAAUUCCGAUGGCCUUUUUCUUGAGGAAGAUGAUGCUGUUACCGGAGGCUUGAUCGGUUCUAAUUGCCGGUGA